AUGGGUGUAGCUCUUCUUUCAACUUCUUUAAGGUCAUUUGGGACAGCAUGCAGCCAUACUCGUACAGAUUGGAAACGAUGUAUUUCUACAGCUGGAAGUCCAACGAACCCAGCAAUGCAAUUCCCAUGUCUAGAUAGAUUGGAGCAGAAAACAGCUAAACUUAGAGGAGAUGACUCGGAAAAAUCAUCUCAAGAAUAUAAAUCAUCGUCUUGUUAUAUGGAAGAAGACCCCACUUCUGCUUCUUCAAAGCAUGAUCCUGUUUAUGGAAAAGUGAAAACAGGAUUCAAGAUAUUCAGUUCUGAUGAUCCUAUCUUUUUAGACUACGGUGGAGUAUUGCCAAAUUUCAAGAUUGCGUAUGAAACCUGGGGUAAUUUAAAAGAAGAUAAAUCCAAUGCAAUUCUUAUACAUACCGGACUUAGUGCAUCUUCUCACGCUCGCUCAUCAAGUUUAAAUAGUAAACCUGGUUGGUGGGAGAAUUUUAUUGGGCCUGGAAAUCCUAUCAUAGACACCAAUAAGUGGUUUGUUAUCUGUACAAACGUCCUUGGAGGCUGUUAUGGAUCUACUGGGCCUUCAUCAUUAGAUCCGGGAGAUAAGAAGCCAUACGCUACCAGAUUUCCUAUGCUUUCAAUUCAAGAUAUGGUUAGGGCACAAAAGAGAUUGAUAGACCACUUUGGCAUCAAAACAUUAAAGGCAUCUGUCGGAAGUUCUAUGGGUGGAAUGCAGUCGUUAGCAUAUGGUCAAUUAUUCCCUGACUCAGUAGAGAAGAUUGUAUCUGUAUCGGCAUGCGCAAUGUCGCAUCCCUCAUCUAUAGCCAUGAGACAUGCACAAAGACAGGUCUUAAUGGCAGACCCAAACUGGAAUAGAGGUUUUUAUUAUCCUAGUGACGAACACCCUAAUAGAAUACCACCUCACGUAGGAAUGAAGUUAGCUAGAGAAAUUGCAACGGUUACAUAUAGAUCAGGUCCAGAAUGGGAGUCUAGAUUUGGAACUGAAAGGCUUGAUGACGAUAUGCCUCCCGUACUUUGCCCUGAUUUUUUGAUUGAGACAUACUUAGAUCACCAAGGAGAAAAAUUCUCGCUUGAAUACGAUGCCAAUUCUUUCCUAUACAUAUCAAAAACAAUGGAUCUAUUCAGUUUGAGUUACUCGCAUAAAGAACGUAGCGAAAAAAGGAGACGACAAACUGAAAAUAAUUUUAAACAAGGAUCAUUACCAUCAUUAAAGUUACCAGACGAACCUUACAAGUACAGGAAGAAGCGUCGCACAACGACGGUAGAGGAAAGCAGAGCAGAUCUUUCCAAGGGGAUGGAACCUCUUCAAAAUAAGGAAAUACUAGUUAUCGGAGUAAAAUCAGACUCUCUUUUCCCAUACUGGCAGCAGCGAGAAAUUGUCAAACUACUCAAUGGACCAAACGACAAGGUCAAACAUGUUGAGUUGGAUGAAAAUGCAUCGUUAUACGGACAUGAUACCUUUCUUCUUGACCUAGAUGUAUUAGGAUCAAGUAUUGGGAAAUUUCUUCGCGAUGAGCUUUGA